AUGAUCAAAUCGUGCAUCGCUCUUGCCUUAUUCGCCACGUGCGUCUUUGCCGCCAACUUGGAUCAAGAUGCCACAGUUACGCGUCUCGAGAAUGUCGUGAAUCCCGAUGGCACAUACAACUAUGCCUACGAAACCAGCAACGGCAUCGCUGCCAACGAAGAGGGAGAAGGCGGCGUUCGUGCUUCGGGACAAUUCAGCUAUGUCUCACCCGAAGGCGAAACCAUCCAAGUUAGCUACACCGCCGAUGAAAAUGGCUUCCAACCCGAUAACUUGCCCCAACCUCCCCCAAUUCCAGAAGCCAUCCAAAAGGCCUUGGAAUACAUCGCAGCUCAUCCAUCAGAAGAAGCGAGAAAGUAA